AUGGCUGUAACUGCUGGCAACGGCACUGUUGCGACUGCUGCGAACGGUGUCAGGACCGUCAAGCUCGCCUGGUCGCACAGCAACGAGCUCGACGCCGAGUCGCCCCUCGUCGCCCUCGGGAGGACUGGAGACGAGUUCGUGCUCGUUGUUGCCGAUCAGAAGUCGCGGGACGAGCGGGAGUGUGACCCUUUCAUCAGGGCGCUCAGCGUCAUGGUCAACGAGGACCCAUUCCCGGGCUGGAGCAUGGACAACCGCCAGAUGAUUUGGGUCAAGACGUACUCGGAGAACGAUGGCCUGCUGCCGCAGCUGGAGAAGGAGGGCUGGUUGCGACCCGUCGGAUCAACUAUCAAGCAGGGUUUCGUAACGCUACCACUCGCCGAGGUCAUGUUGAGCGACACUGAGAUGGUCCAGCGCUGCGCCCUGUGCGAGGCAUGGGAGUCGACCGAGACUAAGGAGCGGUUCAAGCGGUGCUCGACCUGCAAGAGGCGCUACUAUUGCUCGACCGAACAUCAACACCAACAUUGGCCGAAGCACAAGAAGGACUGCAAGGACCUCGUCAAGGGCCGACUCGCCGAUGUCGAGAAUCGGCGACGAGAAGCAGGAUACGUCCCGCCCAAGCCGGCAGAUCCAGAGGGCGAGAAGAUUGUCGAGAUGACCGAUUUCGCCACGAUGGCGGACUAUCUGGUCAAACUCGCCACUCCGACUCAAUGCGCGACCCAAACCAUCUCGUGGUCGGGAGGUGCUGGCGCGAAGGCGCUGUCGAUAUUCGUGCAAGGACAGGGUUGGUUCGCCGAGCAGCUGUCGAACAACUUGACGGAUACGCUGGGCUCGAUCAAUUGGACUUGCGACAUCCCCGCUGGCGCCUUCAUCGCCUUCGAGCUCUACUCAAUGCCGGACGCGAAGAACCACUUCACGACCGGCUUCUUCCAGGUGCAGCAAGGCACGACGGGCGACUGCAUCGGAAAGAACGGUGGACAGCUAGCGGCGGACAAGAUGUCGACCAUCUACAAUUCGCUCACGAGCGCGAAUCCCCAACUCUUCACCUACCCAGCCACUUCCUCCUCGGCAACUCCGACCUCCUCAUCCUCGUCUCCGACUACCGCUGCCCCGUCCUCCUCCUCCUCCGCCGCGCCUUCCGCUACUGCAGCGUCCGGUAAGAGCACCAGCACCGGAGCGCUCGUCGGCGGAAUCGUCGGAGGCGUUGCCGGACUCUGCGCCCUGUUCGCGCUCCUGCUCUUCUUCUUCCUCCGUAGACGCCGCGGCUCGUCAUACGAUGGACAAAGCACAGUCCCGCCGAGCGAGAAGACGUCGCCAGCACCGGUAGGCGGAGCGGGUGGAGUCGCGACAUGGAGGAAUCGCGUGCAAGACGGCCGACCUCCUUCUGCCUGGACUCGGCGCAGCAGGCUCUUCUCGAUUGGCACAACGCAGAAUGGCGGACCUCUCAGCGAGUAUGCCCCCACGGUCCCGGCCGCCUUCCCCAGUACCGCCAGUCCACCUCACCAAGUCCCGACGCCCUCGCAAGGUCCGCGUGAAGGCGUACCCGAAGUUGGCGAGUCGAGCGAUUACUCGAGCAGUCGUCGCGCACCACCAGCCAUCUUCUCCGCCGUGCCAGCUCAGCGCGGUGGACUCGCGUCGCACCCUCUCUCGCAGGAGGAAGAGGCGCUCCUCCACUCGGCGCCGAGGGUCACGCCGUACCAGCAGCAGGAGACGCCAAAGUCGCCGCCUGGUCGACUGCCGACGCCCGGAGCUGCGACGGCUUUCGGUGGAGACGGCACGGCGAGUGAGGGAGGCGAACGGUGGUCGACAAUCCCGUACACCAGCUACGGACGGUGA